AUGGCCAACUCAGAAACCGCCGGCGACGCUGCUCGGCCGUGGCAGUCCUACAACACCGUCUACACCAAUGCCAAAGCCGGUAUGGAAGGCGUGGAUAAGGAGAAGGUUCAGAGAGUAGUGUAUGAAAUGAGUAAAGGAUCGCAGUAUUUCAAGAACGAGGAGCGCAAGGAGGCUUUUAUUAAGGAGAAGAUAGACAACAUGCGUGCUCGGUGUGCGAAGCUCACCGCCGCUGAUUUGGCUCACUAUCAGAAGGUUGCUGAUAGGAGAAUUACAGAGUUGGAAGCAAUGCGUGACCUGUCGAGGGUUUGGAUACAUGUGGAUAUGGAUGCUUUCUAUGCAGCUGUCGAGACUUUACGUGAGCCGUCAUUGAAGGGCAAGCCAAUGGCGGUUGGGGGUAUGUCCAUGAUCUCAACUGCUAAUUAUGAGGCAAGGAGAUUUGGGGUUCGAGCUGCAAUGCCUGGCUUCAUUGCUCGUAAGUUAUGUCCGGAGUUAAUUUUUGUUCCAACGGAUUUCAAGAAGUACACUCAUUACAGUGAUUUAACUAGAAAUGUGUUUCGGAAGUAUGAUCCUAACUUCCUGGCUGCAAGCUUAGACGAAGCGUACCUUGAUGUUACUGAGGUUUGCAAAGAAAGGGACACUACUGGGGAAGAAAUUGCCAAAGAACUCAGAGAUGGUGUUUAUGAAGAGACUGGUCUAACAUGUAGCGCUGGAGUAGCACCAAACCGUCUACUUGCUAAGGUUUGCUCAGAUAUAAACAAGCCAAAUGGACAGUUUAUUUUACCAAGCAAUCGAAUGGCUGUGAUGACAUUUAUAUCAUCACUUCCUGUACGUAAGAUUGGGGGGAUUGGAAAAGUCACUGAAUAUAUUUUAAGGGAUGCUCUUGGAAUUAGUACUUGCGAGGAGAUUCUGCAAAAGAGCAGUUAUAUCUGUGCUCUCUUUUCUCAUUCUACGGCAGAUUUUUUCCUUUCUGUGGGACUUGCCAUUGGGAGGACAGAUACUCCUGAAGCCAGAUUGAGGAAAAGUAUAAGUAAUGAGAGGACCUUUUCAGCCACAGGGGAUGAAACAUUUCUCUAUCACAAGUUAGCUGAGAUUGCAGAGAUGCUAUCGGCUGACUUGCAAAAGGAGGGCCUUUGUGGGCGAACAUUGACUUUUAAACUCAAAACUGCAGCUUUUGAGGUUCGCACCAGAGCUGUGACUUCUCAAAAAUAUAUAUGCUCGACUGAGGAUAUAUUGAAGCAUGCUUCAAAGUUGCUUAAGGCUGAACUUCCUGUUUCUAUAAGGCUUAUAGGUCUGCGGGUGUCUCAUUUUGAAGAAGAUAAGGGUGCUUCAUCUGAUCCCACACAAAAAACUCUCACCGACUAUCUUUUAUCAGGAGAUGCUUCAAGGAAAACUAUGGGUGAUCAAAUCUCCUUGGACUCGGACUCUAUUGAUCAUCGUUCGAUGCAUGUUGAAGAAUCCUGUUUAUUUAAAGAAACCCAUGAAACAUAUCCAUGUGAUCAUGGAGAUCCUCUAGAUGGCAAUGAUUGUUCACAUGUUGAUGACCUGAAGUGUACUUUGUCUGGCACUUCUGAAGAAAAGGAAAAACUUGAUGAAUCUACGAGCAAUCUGAGUUCAGAUAAGAUGAAUUCAAAUGACAUACGGACAGAGGGCAAUGUACAAAAUGGAGUUUCACUGCUGUUGAGAGCAGGUUAUUCUUUUCUUGGGAACUCUGAGGGCAGUAGCAAAGACAGAGCAAAUAGUUUAACUAGCACCCUUGAGGACUGUCCAAUUUCUUCAUCUCAUCAGAAAGAUUGGCUUUUGUGGGUGGAUGACUACAAGUGUUCGAUCUGUGGCAUAGAAAUGCCACCAGAUUUUGUUGAAGAACGGCAAGAACAUGUUGAUUUUCAUCUUGCCGAGAAGCUUCAGAAUGAAGAAUCUGGCAUUGACUUGAGAGCUUCCAGGCCAAGGCAUAGGUCAAAUGGUCAUGACAUCGCCACACAAGCAGGAUGGUGGUAUUGCCACGUGUACUUAUCUAAACAUUGGAUCUUUGAUUUCAAGUUAGUUUUGAAGUGUCCCUGACUCCCAGCAAAAGCAUACCCUCUUUUUUAUGUUUCUGAAUCCGACUCCUUCCUCAAGUGUUCCACAAUCCCAGAUAAAAAUGGAACUAGCAUCAAUGGCGGCAAGUUCCAACUUCUCCAUACUAAACCCCAGAUGCCCAUUUAGAACCCAAAUUGCUUCACAACUUCAGGCUUCAAUCCAGAAUAGCACCACCCCAGUUCAGAAUAGAAAGGAGGAUAGCUUUGAAGUUACUAUGCCAACCAUGUCUGAGAUAUUGGAAUCAUCAAGGUCCCAGAAACUAGACCUUAAGCUUCAAAUUCUAGGACCCUUUUUCAGAAUCACAGCCAAAAGCUUGGAAACAGAGGAAGAGCUUGGCAGGGCUGAGGGUUUCAUAAGGGUCUGGCUCAGAAGGAGAAUUCUUCACUUGGAUUCAAUCAGGUUGCGAAGAGAGACGAUCGGAAUGGAGAAGUCAAUCUUUGGCAUUGGUUUGUUCAUUGGAGCAGUAGCAAUUCGGCAUGGCUAUGAUUGUGGUUGCAACACAGCUGAGUUGCUGGCUAUCAAUGACUCUGACAAGUACCAUCACAAGCUUGUUAGGUUCUAUUCAAGAAUCGGGUUCAAGGCUGUGUAUGAAGUGACUGGUUCAACAUUUGGAGACCUUGCUCACAUGCUGGUUUGGGGAGGAGUUGGGACCAGAAUGGAUGCCAAAGUUGAAGCACUGCUGAUAAAAUGGUGCAGCAGGUUCAAAUCUCGAUAGUGAUUUGAGUACAAUCUAUUGCAAUUGAGCUGUUUCUAAUGACCAAGAAUACAUCGAUUUCGGUGCUGGAGAUGCUGUCUGAGAAUAAGAGGCUUUUCUAGAGCUGCUGCAUCUUA